AUGCUACCUCAACGGCGCAUCAAACUUUUGGCUAUUGCUGCCCUAGCGCUGGUUAUCAUAGUCUUCUAUCUUUCGAGUGAUGCACGGAGAGUACAGAACCAGAAGUUCUACCAGUCUACUGUCGCCGCAAUAGAAGCACACAAGCAGACGAACGAACCUGGGUUAGCUGCAGGCAGCUCCCCGGGUGAGCAACGGUUAAGCGGGAACCCGACUCAAGGGGACACAGCAAAGCCCGCAGACGACAAGAUGGCGCCAGCGAUUCCAAGAAACCGCGAUGAAGAGACGGAGGAGAUAUCGAUUGCCGGGCGGAGAAAGAUGACGGUUCCUAAAGACCGCAACAAUCCAGAAAGACAAGACCCGGCAUCAGGUACCGAUGAGCGUGUGGAAGCGAAGACCGAGCUUAAUAGUAUACUAAAACGAUCGCCGAUUAUUGUCUUUUCCAAGUCAUAUUGCCCCCAUAGCGCCCGGGCCAAGUCUAUCCUCUUAGACAAAUACUCAAUUGUCCCAGCACCUUACGUGGUAGAGCUUGAUCAACAUGCAUUGGGCCAACCACUGCAAGCUCUAUUGGCAGAGAAUACUGGCCGCCGCACCGUGCCUAAUGUUCUAGUUAGUGGAAGAAGCAUUGGUGGCGGGGAUGAAGUGGCCGCUCUCGAUGAGAAGGAUGAGUUGGCGUCAACAUUCAGGACGUUGGGAGGACAGUGGGUCCAGGAGCGACGCACAACCCGUGAUUUUCACUCCACCAAAGAAAGCGACCGGUUGCCUUUGAGGAAUUUCGAUCCUUUCGAACGACUGACCGCACGACGACAUCGACAAUUCUCCCUCGGACAUUCCACAGCCCACGCAGUCAAGAUGCGGUACAUUCACUCCGAGGAACGGCUGCCCAUCCCCGAGAAUGUGAAGGUUCACAUUCGCUCCCGGGUUGUGACCGUUGAGGGUCCUCGAGGCAAGCUUGUUAAGGAUCUCUCCCAUAUCGCUGUCACCUUCAGCCGCCCUGAGAAGGAUGUCAUCUCUAUUGAGAUGCACCACGGUGCCCGCAAGGGUGUUGCUGCCCUGCGUACCGUCCGCACCCUCAUCAACAACUUGAUCAUUGGUGUCACCAAGGGCUUCAAGUACAAGAUGCGCUACGUCUAUGCUCACUUUCCCAUCAACGUCAACAUUGAGAAGAACGCUGAGACUGGCCUCUACGAAGUUGAGAUCAGAAACUUCUUGGGUGAGAAGUACGUUCGUCGUAUCACUGCCCAGCCCGGUGUUGAGGUCGCCACUUCCCCCAACGUCAAGGAUGAGCUUCAGCUCUCCGGAAACUCCCUCGAGGGUGUCUCCCAGAGCGCUGCCGACAUCCAGCAGAUCUGCAGAGUCCGCAACAAGGAUAUCCGAAAGUUCCUUGACGGUCUGUACGUGUCAGAGCGGGGUAACAUUGUUGAGGAAUAA